GAGAUCACAACCGCCGGCGUCAUAAACCCUACUCUCCCCUGUCCGAUCAUUCAAUCUCCGACCCAACCGUCCGAGGAGAACCUGCUAAGAACUAUAAUGUUGAGCAGAUUCAGCAGACGCUGUGUUCAUUCAUUCAGCCGACAAUACAAGUUCUUUACAGAUCCUUCAAAAUCCUCUCUCCAAUUCGCUAAACAUCUCCAUACUUCUUUCUAUCCUCAAUCUCUCUCUACACAAUCUUCUCAUUCGCUAUCUCAUUUCAGACCCAUUUCUACUCCGCUUUGUCGCCAUUUCAGUUCGAAGAGAAGCGACGUAAGUGAGGACGACGACGACGACGACGACGACGACGAUGAUGUUUCUGAUGAUGAUGAUGAGGAUGGUAUUGAUGAUGUUUCUGAUGAUGAGAGUCAAGCAACCGCAACAGCAAAUGCAGGUGGGGGCGUAGAGAGGGUGUAUUCGUUGGAGGAGAAGGAGAAGGAAUCGGCUGAAAUUGGGUACAAAGUUAUUGGUCCACUACAGCCUUCUGAAAAAGUCUAUAAGAAAUAUGAGCCAGUUUAUGCUGUUAUUCAGAUUGGCUCGCACCAGUUUAAAGUGAGCAAUGAUGACUACAUAUACGUUGAAAGACUAAAGUUCUGUGAAGUGAAUGAUAAACUCAUACUGAAUAGGGUUCUCAUGCUGGGAUCACAAACACAGACCAUGAUUGGUAGGCCAAUAUUGCCUAAUGCAGAAGUGCAUGCUGUUGUGGAGGAACAUGCUCUUGAUGCUAAAGUAAUUAUAUUCAAGAAAAAGAGAAGAAAGAACUACCGUCGAACCAAGGGUCAUAGACAGGAGCUAACGAGGCUGAGGAUUAUGGAUAUUCAAGGAAUUGAAAAGCCAGAGGUAGUAACAGUUCCGAAGCCAGAAAGGGCUAAGAAGACGAAGACAGAAAAGGUGGCAGUUGCUGCCUAGUUUUUAAUUUUAUAUUGCUAGUGGUGCUUCUAUUUAUAGCAUAAAGAUUCACUUUGAUGCUACUACUCCAAGGAGCAUGUUUUUUUGUUUUCUAAUUUGUCACCUAUUUGUGCAUUGUGGAUGUCAUAAUAGGUGGCUCUUCCCUGUCAUGUUGUAGGGUUGAAUAUUUUUAAGAGAUGUGCCAAUGUUCAACCCUUAGUUAUGAAUCGCUGAAUACGCCAUCUUCAUCUUUCUAAAUAUUCUUGAUUUACAUAUGCUUUCCC